CUUGUUCUUCUUUCGCUUUCAUUCGCUUUCUCCCUCUCUCUCUUUUCAACAAAAUUUCGAAUGUAGAAGAGGCAAGGGGGACGUAGAAAUGUCGCAGUUGUCGAAAGCGGCUAUAACCUUUCUUUAUCAGUGUUGUGAUUACUAAGAUAUCUAAAGAUAAUAUUUAACUUUUUGUGGUAAAGAGACGAGGAAGGAUAAUUUAGCUUCAAUAAAAAAAUGGAUAAACUCUAGGUCAAAUGUAUGGCAGAUUAAAAAAUUAAAAAAGUUGUAUUAUAAUUACUGAUUAAAAACGUCAAAAACACGAAACAUGUAUAUGGAAGAAAAAUUGUGCGAGCAUAUUUAUUUUUUUGUAACCCGAGAGGAAUGAUAGAAGAAUUUUAAAAGGCUCAUUUUUUUUACAUCAGCUGAAACAAAUCAAAAUGUGGAAACGAUCCAAAUUGUUGUAUGAUAGAUGCGCGUCGCAGAAGAGCAGAGUCUUUUCUCGCAGUCAUAAAACGGCGGAAGUUAUUACGAAACUCGCCGGUGCAACAUCAGAAGACUCUGAGUAUGCACUUCCUAAAGAAGCGCGAGUUGUCAUAUGUGGAGGUGGAGUUAUGGGUGGUGCUGUUGCGUAUCACUUAUCUCUCAUAGGAUUGGGACCGGAGACUGUUUUAGUAGAAAGCGGCAGACUAGGAGGUGGAACAACAUGGCAUGCGUCAGGAUUAGUGGGAGCCUUCAAGCCCAGUCUAGCGCAAGUGAAACUUGCUCAAGACAGUAUUGCCCUGUACGAGGAAUUGGAGAAGAAAGGUCUCUCUACAGGCUGGAAGCAAUGUGGCAGUCUUUGUUUGGCAAGGACGAGAGAUCGUAUGGUCUCAUUCAGGAGAAUGAAGGCACAAUCUGUGUCACGUGAUAUCGAGUGUCACUUAGUUUCGCCAGAAGAAAUCCAGGAUCUAUGUCCAUUAUUACACACUGAAGAUCUAGUUGGAGGAUUAUGGAUUCCAAAUGAUGGGGUUGGUGAUCCAUAUCAAAUUUGUUUGACAUUGAUCGAAGAAGCGCGACAAAAAGGUGUCACAGUAUUAGAGAAUUGUGCAGUUACAAAAGUUAUUAAUCAGAGUGGCCAAGUAAAAGCAGUGGAAACAACACAGGGUACCAUUGCAUGCCAACAUUUUGUAAACUGUGCUGGAUUUUGGGCACGAAAUGUGGGUAAAUUAAGCGAGCCAUAUGUAAAGGUACCACUUCAUCCAGUAGAACAUUAUUAUUUACACACUCAACCUAUUGCUAAUUUAGAUCCGAUGACACCCGUUAUACGCGAUCUGGACGGAUAUACCUAUUUUCGAGAGAACGACGGACGACUGUUGGCCGGUGGUUUCGAGCCAGUCGCGAAACCAGCGUUCGAGGACGGUGUGAUUCCUGAGGGCACAGACAAGCGAUUUUUACCAGAAGAUUGGGAUCACUUUCACAUUUUAUUGGAACAGAUGUUACUUCGAAUUCCCAGUUUGGGAAACGCAGUCCUGGAGAGACUCUGCAAUGGACCGGAAGCGUUUUCCCCGGAUUGCAGAUGGAUCGUAGGAGAGGCUCCAGAAAUACGUAAUUAUUACAUCGCUGCCGGAAUGAAAACGGUCGGAAUAUCCGCUGCUGGCGGAGUCGGUCGCGCUACGGCGGAACUGAUAGUCAACGGAUCAACCUCGCUGGAUAUGUACGAAUUGGAUGUCUCGCGUUUUCUGGGACUGCAUAAUAAUCGCAAGUUCCUGCGCGAUCGGGUGCGAGAGGUCCCCGGAAUGCAUUACGCUCUGCAGUAUCCGCAUCACGAGUUCAAAACCGGAAGGAACUUGAGGAUGUCGCCGAUCUAUCCGAAACUGAGAGACGCAGGCGCCGUUUUCGGUCAGGUCAUGGGUUACGAGAGACCGUCCUGGUUCCAACUGGACGAUGAUUGCGAUUUGGAGUUCCCCGAUGGUUUUCAAAGAUACAAAGUAGCUUACACGAAUACCUUCGGUAAGCCUCCUUGGUUCGACGCAGUCGCCCAAGAAUAUGCAGCUUGCAGAGAAGCGAUCGGUCUCAGCGACUAUUCCUCCUUCACCAAGAUCGACUUAUGGUCGAAUGAUACGGAAGUCGUGGAUCUAUUGCAGUAUUUGUGCUCAAACGACGUUGAUGUGCCUGUGGGAAGUAUUAUUCAUACCGGUAUGCAGAAUCAUCAGGGCGGUUACGAGAAUGAUUGUAGUUUAGCGCGAAUCGCACCGAAUCAUUACAUGAUGAUCGCCCCGACUAUUCAACAAACACGUUGCAAAACCUGGAUCCACCGUCACUUGCCAGCGGAUGGUUCAGUUGCCGUAUCAGAUGUUACAUCGGCAUACACCGCGAUUUGCAUAAUGGGACCGGCCACCAGACAGCUGCUGACCGAAUUGACAGACGUGGAUUUAAAUCCGAAGAACUUUCCGUUUUUCACGUUUAAGGAGUUGGAUGUUGGACUUGCCAAUGGCAUCCGGACGAUGAAUCUAACGCACACCGGAGAACUUGGCUACGUUCUGUAUAUUCCAAACGAGUUUGCACUGCACGUUUACACGAGGUUGAUAGACGCUGGAGCAAAGUACGGGGUGAAACACGCUGGUUAUUACGCGACGAGGGCUUUGCGCGUCGAGAAAUUUUAUGCAUUUUGGGGACAAGACUUGGAUACCUUCACAACUCCUUUGGAAUGCGGAAGAUCGUGGAGAGUGAAAUUCGAUAAGGGAGUCGACUUCAUUGGUAGGGACGCUCUUCUGAGGCAGCGCGAGCAAGGAGUCAAGCGCAAAUACGUGCAAUUGCUGUUGAACGAUCACGAUCCCGAGUUGGAUAAUUGGAGCUGGGGCGGCGAACCUAUUUAUCGAAACGGAAAGUAUUGCGGGAUGACCACGACGACGGGUUACGGAUUCACUUUCAAGAAACAGGUGUGUCUUGGAUUUGUGCAAAAUUUGGAUUCGGAGGGUCAGCCGCAGGAAGUGACGAACGAAUACGUAUUGUCGGGCGAUUACGAGGUGAACGUCGCGGGCAUCAUGUUUCCCGCAAAGUGCCACUUGCACAGUCCGAAUCUACCGACCAAGUUCCCUGAUAAAGAGAGAGACGCUUAUCACGCUACGCGCGACCAGCAACUUUUGUGAUCCGAGCGAUAAAUGUCUCGAAUAUAUGUGUACGUACACUAUUUACGACAUUGAUUCGUUCAGUUUUCCUACGGGAGGUUGUGGGAAAAAUGUAUACUUGUAAUAGGCUUCCAAUCAUCACUGAUUAUCACAAUUGAUUAAAGGAAAUUGAAUAUUUAAUAUGAUAUAUAUAU